UAAAAUAAGCAAAAAAUGGGUGAACGCAAGGGUCAAAACAAGUACUACCCGCCCGACUAUGACCCGAAGAAGGGCGGCCUCAACAAGUUCCAGGGCACCCACGCCCUGCGGGAGCGCGCCCGCAAGAUCCACCUCGGGAUCAUCAUCAUCCGCUUCGAGAUGCCCUACAACAUCUGGUGCGACGGCUGCAAGAACCACAUCGGCAUGGGUGUGCGCUACAAUGCGGAGAAGACCAAGGUGGGCAUGUACUAUACCACGCCGGUCUUCAAGUUCCGGAUGAAGUGCCACCUGUGCGACAAUCACUUCGAGAUCCAGACGGAUCCCGGCAAUCUGGACUAUGUCAUACUCUCGGGUGCCCGACGGCAGGAGAACCGCUGGGAUCCUCUGCAGAACGAGCAGGUCGUGCCGGAAACCAAGGAGGUGCAGAAGCGCCUCUUCGACGACGCCAUGUACAAGCUGGAGCACCAGGCCAAGGAUGCCAAGGCGGGCGCCGAUGCCAAGCCGGUGCUCCAGAAGCUGAUGGAGCGCAACAUGAGUGUGUGGGACGACAGCUACGUGGCCAAUUGCCGCCUCCGCGGGGAGUUCCGCCAGCAGAAGAAGGAGAUCGAGGGUCAGCAGAAGCUGGAUCGCCAGCUGCUGGCCAAGAGCAGUCUGGACAUUGCCCUGUUGCCGGAAACCAGUCAGGACCGGGAAAUGGCCGCCCUGAUGAAGCUGCAAACGAGGUCGGCGCUGGAAAGGGAGGCCGAGCAGCGGCUGGAGCUGCUCAUGCGUCCAGCGCUGCCGGGCGCAACAGCCACUACUUUCGGUGGCCUCAAGCGGCAGAAGGCGCUGAAUAGUCAGCUGCAACUACAGGAUCUGGGCAUUCGGCGAAGGAAACUGGACGAAACGGAGGCUUCAAGUUCAAAUGAUAAACCCCUCAGCUUGGUGGGCGACUACUCCUCCUCGGAUAAUGACUCAAACAGCUGACUUCACAAAGCAUUCGUUUAUACAUAAUACAAUAAUUAUAAAAAAUACAGGACCUAAUACAAUCCUUCAUUGGGAUCCGCAGCUUCA